CAGUCUCUUCUCUUCCUACCGAAGUGCUUUUACUAAGGAAGGUCGAACUAGUGUUGUAGGACGUUUGUUGCUUACAGGCUGAUUGAAGGUUGUGUCAGUCAUGUUUUCUCAAUCUGUUCGAAGGUUUGCAACCUCUGUUAUUCGAAGGUCUCACUAUGAAGAGGGUCCUGGCAAGAAUCUGCCAUUUUCUGUGGAAAACAAAUGGAGGCUUCUUGGUCUAAUGGUUGUAUUCUUUGGGAGUGGAUUUGCAUUUCCUUUUGUUGUAGUCAGACAUCAACUUCUGAAGAAAUGAAGUAUUUAUCUUGCUGGAUAGAUUUUGAAAUGGAAGAAGAAGCGACUUUGAGAAACAUUCUGCCAUUUGAUGAUGGAUAAUGCAGUAGAAGCUGCUCUAAAUGUUUUGUAAAUAAAUUUAUUAAAUGGUG